UCGGCGAGCGCUUUAGAAGUCGGACAGGGAGUAGAAGGAGGAGGAAGAGAAUAAUUUCGAGAUCGCUCCUAGGAGUGGCGAUCGAAGAAGAAAACGUCCAAUCUUCUUUCUGACUGGAAAAAGGCUGCGGGUGCGCGUCCGGGGGCCGGAGGCUGCACCAUGCAGCAGCCACAACAACAGUACGAUUUCUUCAGUGAGGACAAUGCACCCAAAUGGCGGGGUCUACUCGUCGCUGCUCUGCGGAAGGUUCAACAACAGGUACAUCCCAAACUUGCCUCUACUGAGGAUGCCUUGCAAUACAUUGAAGAGCUAAUCCUACAGUUGCUGAGCAUGCUUUGUUUAGCCCAACCUCGUAGUGUUCAAGAUGUGGAGUUUCAUGUUAUAAUUGCUGUUGUCUUCUCACAGGAUGUAGAAACCAUAUUUAGUCGUAUUGUGGAUAUCCACGAGUUGACUGUGAAGUUAUUGGGCCUAAUUGAAGAUACUGUGGAAAUGACAGAUGAAGGCAGCCCUCAUCCAUUAGUGGGAAGCUGUUUCGAAGACUUAGCUGAAGAGUUAGCAUUCGAUCCAUAUGAAAACUAUGCACAGGACAUACUGCGGCCUGGCUUUCAUGAUCAUUUUCUCAGCCUUUUAUCAAAGCCAGGUGCUGCAUUCUACUUGCAGUCAAUUGGUGAAGGUUUCAAGGAAGCUGUGCAAUAUGUUCUUCCCAGACUGUUACUGGCACCUGUUUACCAUUGCCUGCACUAUUUUGAACUUCUAAAGUCAAGAAUAUAUUUGACGAACAUUCUGAAGACGGAGGAAGGUAACCCUGAUUUCUUGAAACGACAUGGUAAAGAGUUGAUCAAUUUCAGUAAGAGAAGGAAAGUGGCAGAAAUAACAGGAGAGAUCCAGCAGUACCAGAACCAACCGUAUUGCUUACGAGUAGAGCAAGACAUUAAGAAGUUUUUUGAAAAUUUAAAUCCAAUGGGAAAUACUUUGGAGAAAGAAUUUACAGAUUACUUGUUCAAUAAGUCUUUGGAAAUAGAACCUCGUAAUGCCAGAUCGUUACCUCGAUUUGCAAAGAAAUAUAAUUACCCACUGAAAUCUCCUGGUGUCCGACCAUCUAACCCCAGACAUCCAGUGUCAGGCACCUUGCGUGGGCAUCCUACACCCCUACAGCAGGAACCACGGAAAAUCAGUUACAGUCGAAUAACAGAGAAUGAGACCGAAAGUAUAGCGUCAGCACCAAAUUCCCCACGUACUCCUCUGACGCCACCACCUGCUUCUGCUGCGUCCAGCUCAACAGAUGUCUGUAGUGUGUUCGGGGAUUCCGAUCCAGCUAGUCCAUUCUAUUCAAGCAGUGAUACCAUAUUUGCCCCAGUUACACUGGCCCAUGGUGCAAGGCCAGCAUCAGUUUCUUCAAUGAGCUACAAUAGAGGCAUUGAUGAAGCUCACAUCCCUCCUCCUGUUCCACCACGUAGGCGACCUGAAUCUGCCCCAACAGAAUCUUCCCCAUCCAAGAUCAAGUCAAAACAUCUGGACAGUCCACCUGCUAUUCCACCCCGUCAACCCACAGGCAAGGUUUACUCACCUCGGUACCCGUUGUCAGAGAGGUCGUCGAUAUCAGAACCUCCUGAUAGUCCUCCCAGCCUGCCACCUCGUGAGCCUGUACGAACACCAGACGUAUUUCCAGGCUCGCCUUUGCCCCUGCAGCCUCCACCCUUGGGUAGAAAAGCUGAGCAUCCUAAUACUUUUUUCCCCAAUUCCCCAGUGCCUUUUACUCCACCUCCUCCUCAGACACCUUCUCCUCUUGGGACUCGCAGGCAUUUGCCAUCACCCCCUUUACCACAAGAUGUUGAUAUUGGUACCGCUGCUGGACCACCCAUUCCACCAAGACAGAGCUCUACAUCUCAAAUAAUUCCAAAACUUCCACCAAAAACCUACAAAAGGGAGCAUACGCAUCCAUCGUUCCACCGAGAUGGACUACCACUGCUGGAAAAUGCCCACCCCUCUUAGCUCUGAAACAUGUUCCUUAAACACUACAGGUUCUUGGACACUGCUGAGGUUGCAGCAUUGGGCAGUGCUGUAAGAAUUUUAAAAUGUUUAAUGCCUGGCUUGGUAAGUUUCUAUUGCUUCUGACGCGAACCAGAGUUUCCAUCAAUUUGGAUUUAUACAAUGGGAAGCAAAUUGAGCUGGGUUGACUUUGCCAGUAAUUGAAAAUGCAGUUGUCAGUUUGCUGUACCAAUGAUAAACGUGUGUUGAUGAUAAAGGUUGGAACACCUAACAUCAACCAGCUGAAAAGAGGAGUGUUAGCAGAAAAUGUGGUUUGCACCUCCAUCUUAAAAACAGGAUCGAUAUUUCACAUGAUCAUGCCUUGUUUAAAUACUUUUAAAUGUAUCAAAAAGGGGACUUCUGGAAAGCAUUUUCGGUACCUAGACUAAUGAGCAAAUAUUUGCUCUGCACAGUAAUUGUAAACUUUUUGUUUGUUGAAAUUUGGGUACCUGCUACACCAAAGAGGCACAUUCUUUGUGGAGACUGAUUCAAGAACCAGUCCUACGAGAGAGAUCCUUCAAUGAGAAUGUAGCACCCAUCAUCAUUAGACAAAGGAGAAAACAUUCAUCUGAUUUUAUUACCAUUUAAAACAAAGCGAAUUUAACCCGGGUGUAGCAAAAUGUGGAAACUAGUGACGUCUGCAUUUACAUCUCCAAUGAGUUCUUGAUCUUGCAACGUUCUCCUAAAUGUGCAUUUACUGACUUUUUAAAGCCUCGUGAUAACCCAUGUCAUAACAUCACUGCAAUGUCAGAAAUUCCUUGCAGAAUAUAUUCAAAAGCUGUAUUUUUAAGCAGAAUAUACAAUGAAAUGGCCUAAUCUUGAAGUGGAGAUUUGGGUUUAUUACAAAAUAAUCCAUUAGUUUUGUUUUAUUUCACUGAUACUGAUAAAGCUGAAGUAUUUAUUCAAAAGACCCCACAUUCCUAUACUCUAUGUUCCCAAACUUCAUUCCAUUCUAAAUUGUUACAGGGAUAUUGAGGAAAAGAAGAUUUGAUGCACAACUGAAUAGUGCAUGUUAAUUCCCUAUACAUGUUAUUUGCUAAUUGAUUCAUGCAUUGAGCACUGAACAAACCAAACUCAAAUUUACAGAGGCCAAUUAGUGUUGAACUAAGUCAUAAUGCUGAAUGCAAGUGGACCUGUUGAAUGCUUUCUGCAGUAUCUUGUUUAAGAGAAAGAAGGCAAUCUUGAAUUCACAAAUAACUCUUGAAUUUGGAUGAUAUUUGACUCUAAGACAAAUUGAGAUAGUUUGUAGAGUAUAUACCAAUAGUGCAGUAUUACAGUAGAAUAUCAUGAAGUUUGUUCUUGGUGUAUAAAUUUCCAAAAGUAACAUAACAGUGUGAAAGCCUGAAACUAGUGCAUGAGAGUAUUGGGAUGCAACAUGCACUUGUCAGACUACUCAGUGUAAAACAGUUAGCAUUGGAAUGCACAGAUGACAAUGUACAGGUCAGACUAAACAGUGUAGGUUGUUAUUUUUGUUAAUAUUAAAUUGCUUGUUCCAAGCCCCAUUCAAAAGUACAGUUUUUAGCAUCAGAAAUAAGAUUUACAAAUAGCUUUUCAGCUCCACACAUGAAUCCUGCUCUUACCGUAAAAAGGUAUCCAUUUUUAGUUCUCCUAUCUAUAUUUUAUUAUAACAUUUUCAAAACAUGCCACUUUAUAAUUUAGUCAAAAUGAUCCGUUCUUAAUGUUGGCAUUUGAAUUUGAUUACAACUGUGCAUUACUUCUCUGCAAAAGCUUAAGUCUUUAAUUCACAUUAUCUCAGAGUGUCACUAGUCCCUGCUUUUAUUUUUUCAAAAGUAUUAAAACCACCAUGAUCAUGAGCUAGGAAAUAGGGGUGCAGGCUUUAAAAAUAAAACUAAACAUGAGAAAUGGUAGAUGUAGUACAUAAUUUGAUUGCAAGCCUUUGACACAUUGAAAAUAAGGGCAUAAUCCUGAACUCUGGUUCAAAAUGUACUGAUGUUAUGAUUUGAAUUAUCCACAAAUUUUCAUUCCAGUAGCUUACAUUUGUGAUUUGAACAAAUACACUUAUGCAUGCUAAUUUUAAAAUAAAUCACUUUAUUGCCACUAGAAUAAAUAAAUUCAACAAGCACUAUUAAAUCUACUGUAUCUAAUUAGACUUCAUGUUGUAAUUUAUCAUGCUUUACUCAAAACACUUCAUCUACGGGACAACCGAACAAUAUUAAAAUGCUAUCAUUUCAGCAAGCCAUUUUAAGCACUUUGACAUAUCAGUGGCUAUACUGUUUCAGUUUAUCUAUUGAUAGGGCUGCCAAAUAUAAACUGUUAUGGAUAUUUUUACAAUAGUUAGUCUGGAAAAAAGCUUAAUUGGCUUUUCUUUUGUAUAAGCAAGUAGAGUUCAGUUUCAGGUGCUUUGAUUGAUCUUGUAAAUUUGGAAAAUGCAGGAAGGAGCAUGGAGGGAUGGUGUAAAGUACAAAAUGACUUUGGUAACUGAUUUAUGCAAUUAUAAUCAGCAAGUUAAACAAGUCUUAAGGCUGCUUGAUUUCUGUUGGCAUGAUAUUAAAAAAGUGCUGUAUCAUAAAAGUAUCAUAUUUAAGCCCAUUAACUCAGUAGUUUUGGACAUUAUUUAGGAAGUUUUUUGUUCAUAAAUGGCAGUGUCAUUGAGAAAUCUUUGUAUGUUGUCAUGGAGUCAACGUUUGUCAUCUCUUUGCCAAUUGUUACUUUUCUCUUGAUCCUAUUGAGUGUUUGUUAGAUCUUUUAAGCCCGGCAACACUUAAACCACAUGUAAGUCAUAAGCAUGCUGUUUAAGUUUAAUAAUGAUGCCACUAUGAAAGAUAAUGAGUGCACAGAAGGCUAAAUUUGGAGGACUUCACUGAAAAAUAUGUGGACAGUGAAAAUUAGCAGACCAGUCAGUUUAAUUUGCAGGGUUACAUACCAGUUGGAAAAUACCAUUACCAAUGUGCAUUUGUUUGUACUGUAAAUGUCAAUUAGAUAUGGUUCAGCAAAUGAAAGAAAGCACUUGAAAAAUAUAUUCCCUAUUUAUGCAAGCUUGGCUGUCUAUGGCUGGAAUCCAUAGUUGUUGACAUAUUGCAGCUGACUAAUGAGGUAGUAUCUCUGUAUAUCUAACAGACUUCAAAUUAAAUCUGAGAAUUACUUUCUGUACAUGUCAGCGGUAAAUAUUGGUUAGUUGCAAGUUCAAAUUUGAUACAGUUUCAGCAGACCCUGUUCAGAAAUAAUAGAUGUUCUCUCUGUACUGCUGACUUUAUUUUCUGUCGAAUUUUAUAUUUCUUGGUAUUGAUCACAAUGCAGGAAGAAGAAAACAGAGUGUAAUUUAUUAUUUUUUAAAAAUAAGUCCAACUACGUGCCUCCUUAAAAGUGCAUUGACUUUCAUAAUAUAAAUCAUAAAGGAACAUGAACAGGUUUGGACCAUUCAGCUCCUCGAACCUUUUCCACCAUUCAACUAGAUAAUGGAUGAUUUAUACCUCAUCUUCAUUUACUCAUUAUUUCUUCAUGUCCUCUUGAGGAAUAUCUGACUGAAUGAGGCUUCCUCCCUAGAGAAGAAAUUGCAGCAAGUCACAGCAACAAAGCUGGUGGGCUUUAAUGCAAAGUAAACUAAGAUUCACUCUGAUUUGGUUGGGAACCUCCUACUUUAUAAAUGAAGUCAUUUAAAUUGUGGUUGAAUGUGUAGUGAUGCGCCCUAUACUGUUUGUGCCGACGCAUGCCAAUUUUAGUAGCUGCCAAAUGUGCCUUUUUAUUAUGUCUCAACCUUCUUUUCUGACUUUUCGAACUUUUUUUAAAAUCUUUUUUGUUUUAGAAAAAGGGAGGUGGGGCAAGUUAUAUUUCCGGUUAUAUGCACCAGAAAACAAACCUUUUCUGGUAUAAACAAAAUGUACAUAUCAGUGGUUAAAAGUUUGCGUGUGUGCGUGUGCGUGUGUGUGUGUGUGUGUGUGUGUUGCAUUUGUUUUAAUGGCAUGGUUAUUUGCAGCUAUGAUUAUGUGUAGUCAUUAGAUAAAGUUGACCAGAUUUGAGAACAAAUGGUAGUCUUUCUUGGCACAUCUAAAAUGACCUGUAUACUUUAACCAUGUCUGUAGAAUUUUGUAUCCUGCGUUAGGAGUAAUAGUAUUCAUUUUGCAGUUCAGUAUAAUAAUUGCAGUUUGCCCUGUAUCGAUUACAUUGAAAAGUAAUAUUCAGGAAGAAUGGGAACAAAUAAUGGCAAAGCAACACUUGACUUACAAAAUAGGACCCAGAUAAAAUGUACACAAUAAUGAAAUAAAAUUUUUUUGCCUUACUUUUGUUCAAAGUGUAUUAGACUGACAUUUCUAAUGUAAUUCACCAGGAUAUUUUGUUUCUUUCCUGGAACAAUUAUUUUUAACAAUACCCUAAGUCGUUUUUUCAACUGGUAUGUAAAUCCUAGAAUGCUUCGCAAUGGGAAUUUUUGCAUUAGCCUAAUUUUUUUGUGUGUAAUUGGGUUUAUUUUAAAUGGUUACAUUAAAUUUCCAGGUGUCAGAUGUUCUGUUUUUCCUUUUAAUUUAUAUUUUAAAAAAUGAAAACUGCAUAUUAAAUAUGUUUGAAACCUG